UUAAUUUCGGGAUUGAAUUUGUAAACAGUGAAUAGUGAAAAUCUUGACAGAUAAAGCAAAAAUUAAAAUCUUGAAAUGCCUUCACAAGUCAAGAAUUUACUGAUGGUGUCCGAUGCUGAAAAAAAGGCCAUAUUUAAACAUUAUAAUAUGUCUGAACGUGAUUUUGAAGAAAUAGUCGAAAUAGUUCGUGAAUGGUAUCUCAAAACUCGACUUCCUAAAGAAGAUACCAUCAAUGAAAAAAUAAAAGUGGCACUGUUCAACUGUAAAAUGGAAAUUGAAAAAACUAAACGAUGUUUGGAAGGAUACUACAGAGUCAGGACCAUCCACACAGAUAUUUUUGACCGAUUGGUUCCAAAUACCACGAGUUACGCUCUGGCCAAAUCAUUAUCAAAAAUUGCUGUCAUGCCUAAAUUAACACCAGAUUUGUGCAGAAUAACCAUCUUCAGAGUAGACAAUCCACAUGAGAGUGCACCAGAUGGACUUAUUUACGAAGUGUUACCAUUGAUGAGCGUAGAAUACAGACUAUUUUCAGGAGACUACUUUUACUCCAACAUAUUAAUAAUUGAUCUGACAGAUUUUGGACUGAAGAACCUAAUGAAAUAUACACCUCAUGUUUGUAACACCUUGAUAAACUGUAUGAUAGGUGUAUGUAUAAGAUUUAAAAAUAUCCAUUUUGUUAAUUUACCACAUAUUUUCGAUAAAGUUAUAGGAUUAUUGAAAUACUUUUUGCCAUCUGAAUUUCACGAUAAGGUCCGGACUCAUCAAAAUAUUGAGUCACUUCACGAAUAUAUUCCCAAAGAGUAUCUACCCUCCAAUUAUGGUGGAACACAAUGCUCAUUAGAAGAAAUUCAAGAUAACUGGUGCAAGACGUUUGAAAGUAAAGAAGAGGAGUUCAAAAAACUACUUACCGCUAAAUGUCCAGAUUUUCUAGAAGACAAGAUCCGCCAAAAAGAAAAUUUUGGAAUUGAGGGUUCUUUCAGAAAACUUACAGUAGACUAAUUAUAAAAUUUAAGAAAAAAUUACUUUUAUACUUAAAACAUAGGUAAAUACCUUCCUGUAUCUUAGUGUCAAAAGGUCUGAUGUCCAAUUUAGCAACUUUACAGUAGAGUAGAACAAACUAUUUUCUGUUCACUGUUAUACAAAAUUAUAGCUACUAAAUUUAUUUAAGUUAUUUAUUACAUUCCAAAAGA